UAAGUGUAAAUGUACUGUUAAGGAACCCCUUAAUUUUUGUUCGAUAUCUAGAGACAAUAUUGGCAUUGGCAUGUUCCCAGUACAAAAAUAAGUGGAGAAACUGACAUACAAGUGAAGUCCCAUUUAAAGCAUCAUAUGGAGCAUCGCCUUGCUCGAAGGCUGAAGCAGCCUGUUGGAUGUCAGGCAACACUUCAGGAUGAAAGUCAAGCUUCCUUGGGAAAAACAGAGGCUUUUACUUUGAGGUCCAAAGAAAAAACUACAGAUCAGGCCAGAAGUCACCAUGCAAAUUCCAGUGCAUUUUCAGAUGGAUCUCAACAGAAGAAUAAAACCUGUUUAUCAGAAGAGGAGUUAUUCUUCAAAAGGCACACGACAGCAAUGCAGAGAGGGGUUUUCAUUGGGCAAAAGCAUGACAAUCCUGUCAUCCCAGAAAUCUUAUCAAAGGAAAACUUAGACACAAUUAAAAGCAUAAAGCUGGUUGCAAUAAAGCUAAAGCAGAAUAUGCCAAGUAACGUACUACAUGGUGGAUCAAAAGAGGCAGUUCUGACUGAGAAAACAGAACAGGUAGAUGAUAAUCAGGCUGGUGUUAACCAAAAUAUUCUGGGAACUGACAAGUCAUCAAAAGAAAAGACAGUUGAGACUCACACCAAUAAAGAACCAGAAUCAAAUAUUUCAGAUGAGCAGGAUUCUCCUAAUGCGUCUCCACUCAUACAACAUAAACUUGCGGUCAAAUAUGAGAAAGAAAUGCAGCUUCAUAAUCAGUGGUACAAACUGGAUGAAAAUUUUGAACGAAGUGUUUACAGGCUUCUACCUAUCAGCUUUGUCACACUAAUAUGAGAUGAGUGUUAGUUGGGGAAAGGAUGGAAUCAACCCCAUCAGCAACAGAUCCCAUGCCUACUAUUUUGAACACCUGUGCAGUGACUUUCAGAAAAUUUGUCAUCACCCACUU